CGGAGCUUGUGGUAUCAUCGCAUAAGUAAUCACGUUUUACGGUCAGGAAAUGGUAGGGAUUCAUUCAACCAAUCAGCCGCAAAGUGAUAACGACCGAUUCUGAAUAGAGUAGAGCGGGUCGAGUGUUUACCGUCCGUAUUUACUAUUACUACGACUCAUGCUUUAACGCAAAUUUCUAAGCCUGAGUUUAUACGAAUCGAGACGUCAGUAUUUAAGCGUACGCGUUACGGUACGAUAUCUGUUCAAGUCUCCAUGUCACGUACACCGCGAGUGCUGAUUUACGACUAACCUCUGACACGGUGUACAUCGUCCGUAAAAAUGGAUAAAAGCAAAUUGGAUACAUCGAGGUCAGGGUAUCGUGAUGAAGUUUCUGGUCACUCCAAGAAGAACAAGAAACGAUCCAGCAAGAAAAGCAGCGUGCUUAGUUCGUGGAUGAAUAGCAUGCAAAAUAAUCAAAAUAAUGAUGUGGUACCUGGAAUGGAGUAUCAGCACUUACUGUGGCAAAAUAAUGUGCAGCAGAAUUUCCCAAACAAUGGACAGCGUCUCUUUACAACAACAUCUGAUCCUAGUAUGUGUGGCUACACACAGAUGCCUAUGACAUAUACCAUGGAACCUGUUUCACUGCCAACCAUGUAUAGGCUGUAUCAGCCAGUGCCAUUCUCUGGCGUAAGAACUGUUCAUGGUAGGCCCAGACGACAUUGUAACCAGAAUCUUCCAAUGAAUUUAAGUAUGAAUUCUAUGGCAAAUGGUUACUCGAGUUUGCAAGAGAAUGGGGUGGAAUCUCCUAUGCCUGCUAAUUAUCAAAAUGGAGAUUACGCAAGUUUACCACCUACUGCUAACAAAAACAAUGGAAUAAAUGGGGAUGAGCUAAAUUCGGAGCAUCGAAGAUACUCUGAUCCUGGUCUUGGGUCUGCAGAGGCACCAGUUCAUACUCAGAGCGAAGACUCUGAUAGUAUUGACAGUGGAAGUUCCAUUACUACAGUUGGACGUAGUAACAAAUUAGUUCUAUCUCUUAUUGAACAAAUGACAGAACUGAAGAAGAGUAAUAGUCAAUUAUUCAAAGAGUUAAAUGAAACAAAAUCUGAGCUAGGUAGCAUGAAAGUAAAGCUAGCACAGUGUAAAUACAGCAGUUCUUCAGAUUAUCAACCAGGAAUGUUAUCAGAUUUCAUUCGCGAAAUCAGGCAAGCCAACAAAACGUGCGAGGAGGGAUUGAUUUCAAAAGUGAAGUCCAUGGUGGAGGAAAAGCUAAACCAAAGGUCGUCAGAAAUGGUCAAUUUAAACAAUCAAAUCACGAAAUUAAUGGAGGAGAAAGAAGAAAGCGACAGGCGAAUAGCGAAGCUGGAGGAGGAGGUGGUCAUGCUGAAGCUGAACGCAAACAACGAAGGCCGCGAGAUCGCCGCGUUCGAGGAAGAGACGCUGGCGCUGCGACGGGAGCUGCAGGAGGCGCGGGCGUCCAAGUGCCUGGCCGAGAAUCACGUGGCAAAGUGCGUAAACGCAAGAUCAGUCACGCCUGUCGCUACUUUCGAUACUACGCAACCCUACGUAACCAGCACCCCCGUGCGUACCGCUCUAUCCGACACCUGUAGCCUCAUCCCCGCACCACCGUCAUCGACAUCGUCAUUGUCCUCGGUCCCCCAACACUUCACCUCGUUACUGCGUUCCCGAACCGCGGAGCUGGCUCACCAUUUCGUCGCGGACAAGCCGGCCGCUUAUCGAACCGCUGAUUGUAGCAGUCCCACGCCAAUGGAUGCCUCCUGGACGUUGGACGACCAGAUCCCGGUGUCCAGCAACGGCAACCGGUCGCCCGUAGUCGUCACCAACUACCUGGACCAUCGAGACGUCAGUCUGGACGAGAACUGUAGCGCCACUGGCUCGGAGGUCUCACUGGGGAGCAAGAUGGAGGGCUCCGAUCUCCGCGAGGACUCUGUCUUCGAUGACAAACUCUCCAUCAGUCUCGAAGACAACUCAGCGAGCAAGCUGACCGAAGAGACUAUCGGUGAGGAAGACGAGACCAAGGUAGAGUCUAACACGACGAAGACCGCAGAGACUGAGACCGGGACCAUAUCCUCGUGCGUGCCAGAGAAAAGAGUGAAAGGGACGCGGAAGGAAGAAGAGCUGACUCGUGGCCAUCAUCAGAGGGUCGGGUCGAAGAAGUCGCGCAAGAAGAAGAGCAGCUCGCUGUCAAAGAGGUCGUUCAGCGAGGCCGACAAGAUCGCGCCGUCGACGACGUUGGAGAGGAAGGAGUCCGGGACGAGAGACGUCCGGAGAACGGUGAGCGAGGACGCAGAUCGGAGUCGUCUCGAUGGCGGCGACGACGACGCCGACGACGAAACGAGCCGAGCCAUCACCGAGGUCCCGGAAGUGAUCGUAGUCGGUGGUGGCUCCUUCGUGCCGAAAGAUCUCUGCUCGACGGGAAUCCUGACCUCCAGAGUCCUGACAGCACCUUCACGCGCUACCUACACCACCGCCUACAUUUAGGCUACGUACGCGCGGGGCCCCUGCGAUCCAAACGCGAACCAACGGUCGCCGUUGAGCAAAGGGGGCUUCAAGGGCUUGCUAGAGGCUACUACUAUACUGGAGAAGCUGCUGGACAUUCUGCAUAAUAAGAUGAUCGAUGCCACCGACCAG